AGAGGAAGUUGCCCUUAAGAGGAAGUACAAUGAGGAAGCCAGAAGCGUGUAAUAAUAAUACUAAAAACAAUAGCAACAAGAAGCUUAGAAAGGGGUUGUGGUCACCUGAAGAAGAUGACAAGCUCAUGAACUACAUGCUAAACCAUGGACAAGGGUGUUGGAGCGAUGUGGCAAGAAAUGCUGGCCUCCAAAGGUGUGGCAAAAGUUGUCGCCUUCGAUGGAUCAAUUACUUGAGGCCUGAUCUUAAGAGAGGUGCAUUCUCACCCCAAGAAGAGGAACUCAUCAUCCACUUCCAUUCCCUUCUUGGAAACAGAUGGUCUCAAAUAGCGGCGCGUUUGCCUGGGCGAACCGACAAUGAAAUAAAAAACUUUUGGAAUUCAACGAUAAAGAAAAGACUCAAGAACAUGUCGUCCACGACGACCACAACCUCAACCUCACCAAAUGCAAGCGAGACCUCAAUAUCCGAGCCUAGUAAUAAGGACCUCAACAACAUGGGAGGGUUUAUUUCCACACUACAUAAUAAACAUGCAGGUUUUGUUCCUAUGUUCGGUUCAUCUCCAUCACCAUCAAUGAUGCAAACCAGUACAGUUUUCAAUAACAUGAUUGAAAGGUUUCCUAUGCUGGAGCAAGGACUGAUUAACAUGCCAGCUUCUGGAGGGUACUUCGAAGGCACAGGUAGUACUCCUUGCUUUUCGCAAUGUGAAGUUGACAACAAUAAAGGUUCUUGUUAUUUAGAAAACGAAGUGUUUGAGAGUGUAAAUAUCGGGGUAGAAGGGGAUAUGUUUGUUCCUCCCCUUGAGAAUGUUACAUGCAAGAGAGAAGAAACAACUAACAGCAGUUACUUUGACGCUGACAUAAAUAGUAUCCUUAAUAACUGCAACAAUAUUGGCAUAGCUGAAAAUAAGGCUCAUCAUGGGGUGGAGAAUUUGUUUCAGCAAGAGUUAGCCACUGCCACAGGAGAAUGGGACUUUGAAGAGUUGAUGAAAGAUGUUUCCUCCUUUCCAUUUCUUGAUUUUUCAUACUGAUCAAUGAACCUUAUUUGGCACACUGCAGGGUGAUAUAUUCUUCACAUAGAGCCUUGUAUAAUAGUAUACUGGUAUUUUUUACCCUUAUACCGAAUUCACAAGUUAACAAUCAGGUAUAGGCCUCAAAUAAAAGUCCAAUAUAUAUAUAUAUAUAUAUAUACACACAUAUAAAUUCUUGGGUAUCCAUUGGUGAUCGUGUAUUUAGUCUUGCAGAUUAGUUAAUUUGUGCAUUAUCAAAUUAAAUUUUUUAGAUCAUCACUCCGCAGUAGGAAACCAGUGUAGUUAGCAACAAUAAUCUGUCAUACUUGUAAAAGGAGAUGUGAAUAGAUUGUUAUACAUUAUUUUUAUUUUUUUUUGUUCAAGUUUUGUGCGGAUAUAUAUGUGUAGUAGUUAUUGUUAUGUAUUUCGUUUUAUAUAACCUGAGAUGUACAAAAUAAUAAUGUAAAUGGUGAUAAGUUUGUAUA